AUGGAUUUAAUUUAGUUAUCAUCGAUGAUAUUAAAUACACUCUUAUAUGCAACACUGUAUGUGAUGAGCAAAUAUAUCUAUAGAAUAUAGAAACAGAGUAUUAGAUUCAUUUUAGCAAGAAUUGUCGACAAAUGAUAAAUAAUUGGCUAAAGCAUUCCGAUAUCAGCGAAGGAAAAUAAAAAUUAUAAUCAUGGGUUUGCCUACAUUGCUGUGUUUCGCUCAAAACUAUUACAAUUUAUGCCUGAGAUACACAUAGUCAGAAAAAUUGAAUAUUUUUGAGUGCUUAAAAUAAUUUGAUACUGAAAAAAUAGGGAUGGGAAUAUUAACAUCUUUUUAUAUGACACUAUUAUUAUACAUUGGCCCUGUGUAUUAAGAAUUUUGGGUAAUGAUAAAUAAUUUAUAUCCAGAAUGGGAAUCUGAGGGAGAAAUUUAGUAAAAUUAAGUUCAACAAAUUCAGAUGGGACUAUUUUACAAAGAUUGUUAUUGUAUUAUUUAUUACUUAAAUUUAAAGACUCCUUUAAUAGAUGAAAUUAUUUUUAGAGAAUUAGUAAAUAAUGCUGUGAAUGUUAGAUAUUAAAAUAACAUUGAGUUUAUCAUUUAUUCAACAUUUUUAUAUAGCCUAAGUAUAAAAAAUACUAUUGUAAUAGCGAAAUCAUUGUCUUAUUAAUUAAAGAACGGAUAAUUAUCACGUUACGAAUUCCUUAAAACAUUUGUAUUAGGAUUGUACUUAUCUUUUGUUUUGGUGCAGACAAAAACAAUAGCAACAGUUAUCAUCAAUCAUGGACUUAUGAAUUUUAUGGGAAGACCGAACUUUUUGGAUCUAGUAAAAGGAAAGUACAGCAAUGAAUAAAGAUAAAGUAUAAUGGAAUUCACUAUUUUAAGAAAUGAUACAGUUUUAUGUCCUCGGUUUCGUCGCCUUUCUAAUUUUUUGUGUUUUAGUUUUGUGA